GCGGCCGAGGAGCAGCGACAGCCACCGCAGCAACAGCAGGGGCCAGACCGGCCAGACAGGGAGGACUGCGCCAUCUGCCAGACGCCGCUCGAAGGGGACACCGUGACGUGGCCAGCUUGCGGCCAUGUGACGCAUCCCGUGCCGAAAGGGCGCGAGACCGCCGCGCUGCCCCUGCGGACGGAGGGUCGUGGAGAUGGCACGGGGCCUGGCUCUGCGAGGGCUGCGCCGCCACGCCGCUUCCGGAGCCAGCGGCGCCCACCGCCGCAGAGCAACGGCAGCCUGGCCGCUUCGCCGGAUGGCCUCCCCUGGCGGGCCCACUACGAGAACGAACCAACUCACGCGUGCACGUGCCCGUGCUAUUAGCAGCGGCGGGGCUGCUUGACCAGCAGGAGGCGGCGGGAUGGAGCACGCACCCGCUCACGCACGACUGGUGGCAGCCGACAGUGGAGGCCUUGCAGCAAGCGGACCCCGUGCCAGCCGAGACCUUCGCCCAAGGGCUGGAGUUCGCAGGGGCCAGCCCAGGGGCGAUAUAUGCCGUGAUCGCCGCUGGGGGCGGAGCACGCCCUGGACACGUGCACCUGCCGCCUGCGGUCAGAGCGCUGGCGGACAGCGCUGGCUACAUCGACAACCUCGCCCAGGACCUCUUGCUCGAGCUCUUCGGGGGUGUCGCGCUGGCGCGGGGGGUCGACCGGCGCGCAGACGAGCUCCGCGACCCGGCCAGGAGAGAGGCGGGGCAGCAAAGGAUCCCCAGGGAGCAACUCCUGGAGAGGUUCACCCGCUUCGAGGCUGGAGACUGGGCGCAGCUUCUGACAGAAGCACAGCCGGGCCCGCCGCGCAGGCCGCCCGAGCGAGACGCGAACGGGCAGAGCAGGGCGCCCGAGGCACGACGGGGCCUGGCGCCAGACGAAAACGAGGAGCUCCGCAGCCGCUGCGAGAGGGCCCGCGAGCUGAUCCGCCUCGCCGAGGUCUCGGCGGCGCGGCAAGCGCUGACAGCGAGCGCGGUGGCACCAGGCACACAGGCCACUCUGGACGAACUCCGGGACCCGGCACGCCGCCUGCAGCAGCCGAGAGAGCAGCUCAGCGAGCGAGCCGCCCGCGCGCCGCCGCAAGGCCUCGCCAGCCUGGAACCAGACCGCCUCCUCACGAACGUGCGCAGGAGUCGCCGGGGCGCUGCGCCGGGCCCCUCAGGGAUGACGGGAGAACACUUGCAGACGCUGCUGGACGACGAGCACUGCUGCGACCUCCUGCACCACGCUGCCACGCUCCUUGCGAGGGCGGAAAUCCCUGGCCCCGUGGCAGAGGCCCUCCGGCUCGGCCGCCUCACGGCGCUGCGCAAGAGCAACGGAAGGGUGCGAGGCAUCGUGACUGGCGACGUCUUCAGGAUACCACACGUCGGGGACAUGCAAUCCUCGUGGCUCCUGCUCAGCAUGUGCGCCAACCCCCGGGCCAACUUCUUCCUGAGGGCGCUGGCUCCCGAGGACACGGCCGCCUUCGCCGCAGCGCGCGACGACAACCUGGCCAACGCGCUCGCCGACUUGCUGGAACUCCCGCAAGAAGCUGUCGCAGAAGGCACGUCAGCGCGCCAACGCUGCAAACUGCCGCUUUGCAUGGGGGGGCUCGGCCUGCGAAGCGCGUCCAGGACGGCGCCGGCGGCCUGGUGGGCUUCCUGGGCAGACUGCGCGCAGAUGCUCCGCCAACGCUGCCCCGAGCUCACAAACCAGAUCUGCGCUGCACUGAGCGCGCUGGACCGGGGCCCGCUGCCGGCCGCUCCCGGGUGCUUACAACAAGCCAGCAGGGCAAAGGAGCACCUCUCGGCGCACGGCUUCGCCGCGCCCAACUGGCACGACCUUGCGCAGGGCGCCCGGGCAGGGGUGCUCAAGAAGAGAUCCAUCCCAUUGGAGAAAGCGGCUGCACGUAUCUGUCGCGAGGCCGGGGGCCGAGUCGCAGAGAACCAGCUCCUGCGAGACCUCAACGUGGACGGCGUCGACCCCCGCGACGGGCGCAAGAUCGAGGUCAUCGCGAACGGCCUGCCGCUCUGGGGAGGAGCGCAGCUGGCGAUUGACGCGACCCUGGCGUCGCCAGUCCGCACCGACGGCACCGCGCAGCCCAGAGCCGCGGACGAGGACGGAGUCCAGCUCGCGGUCGCGCGGGGCCAGAAGGAAGCGACCUACCCCGAGCUCAUCGGGUCAAGGAGAUGCCGAUUGGUUGUGCUGGGCUUGGAAGUCGGCGGCAGGUGGUCCGAGGGGGCCCUGACCUUCGUCCGGCUGCUCGCCAGGACCAGAGCCCGCAGCGCGCCGCAGCGACUCCGAGCGUCGGCGCGGGCGGCGUACCUACACCGCUGGACAGGCUUGGCUGCGGUCGCGGCCCAGAGGGCGUUCGCGGCCACGCUGCUGGAGUUGCCGCCGCACACCCUGGCCGUCGACGGGGACGAGCCGCACCUCGCCGACCUCCUGGCGGACGCCCGCUACACGGAGACGCCG